CGAGAUAAAGGAUUGACAAUUUUAGUAUCAUUUAAAAGCUUGAGCACUUCAAUUUUUUUAACAAGUUUUAGAGUGUCUAUCAAGGCAAAAUUAUUUAAACCUGUAUUAUGCCUUAAUUCUUCAAAG